AUGAUUCGAAUUCUGCUGGUGUCUAUGUCAAUGGUCUUGUAUAGUGGUGGCCAAGAAUUGGAGCCACCAGAAUUUCUGCCAGAGCUUCUUAACACACCGGCAAGAGUACUGUACAAUGCCACAUUAUUCAAUGGAGUCUUUCAAAACGUUGAAAGUGUUGCAUUAUUUUUUGACUGCCUGGGCUCUCAUUUCACCUGGUUACAGUCCAUCUUCACAAACUUUCCUGCCCUCCUCAACUUUGUGAACAAAAUGAAGUGUGCUACUGGGUUUUGUCCCAGGGAUUUUGAAGACUAUGGUUGCUCUUGCCGGUUUGAGAUGGAAGGGCUCCCUGUGGAUGAAGCCGAUGACUGUUGUUUCCAGCACCGCAAAUGCUACGAUGAAGCAAUGGAGAUGGAGUGCACAUGGGACCCUUCGAAGAUUUCUACAGAUGUCAGCUGCUCUACUGAAAACCUGACGUGUGAUUCUGGGGAUCCCUGUGAACAGUUCCUCUGCAACUGCGACAAAGAUGCCAUUGAAUGCUUUGUGAACGCACGCAUUAACUCUUCCUUGAACAGGCUGGAUGUCUCUUUCUGCCCAUCUCCAGUUACAGAGUUCCUUCAUCGUGGGACUGACAAACCAAAAUCUGCAACUGCAUCCGUGGAGGAAGUGGUAUCUUUUGAGCCCAGUGAGAUGCUCCUAGGGACUUCCAAAGCCAGAGUUACCACAAGGGACCACCGAGGUACAGCUCCUGCUCCCCCUGCCCAUGCAAUACAAGAAGAGGGUGGAUUUAUGGAAGCUGUGGUGCCAGAGGAAGUGAUAACCAUCUCCCCGGCCUCAUUGUCAGGUGAUGUUAACUCAGUGCAAGUCAAAAUUGUCCCCACUGAGAAGAUUUUUGCAGUCACAUCCUCAAGGACAAAAGGAAAAGAGACAAGCUCUGCCAGGGGUGUCCAGAGCACAGCUUCUUCUGGAAUAGCUCUGGAAAUGGUGGUGUCUGACACAGGACCCCAUGAACCAGCAGGAAAAGUAUGUGAGCAGUUAACAUUUCUGCAAGAGAGAGAAAAUGGAAGAGGCAAGAGGGCGCUGCCCCAGCUAGGAGAAAUGCUGUUCUGUUUAACUGAGCGAUGCCCAGAGGAGUUUGAAUCUUAUGGUUGCUACUGUGGCCAAGAAGGAAGAGGUUUUCCUACUGAUGCCCUGGACAGGUGCUGCUUCUCUCAUCAUUGCUGUAUGGAACAAGUUAUGAAACUUGGAUGUCAUACAGAAAGAAGUUCGAGGUCUGAAGUUGUAUGUUCUGAUCACAAGCCAAAAUGUAUUGGUUGGAGCAUAUGUGAGAAACUGCUGUGUGCUUGUGAUGAGGCAGCAGCUGAGUGCAUGGCUGCUGCCUUCUUCAACGAAAGCCUGAAGUUUCCACACCAGCAUGAGUGCAAAGAGGGGAAGGUCUCCUGCCAAAAUGCCCCUUACGAAAGGCCUUCAAUUGGCACAGAAACAGGCACCGGUAUUUCCAGCUCCGAGGAGAGCAGUGAGGAGGAAGGUCCACCCCGGAGUGUACUGAGAAGAGCAAAGAGAGGGACACACCGUCCUGUUGGAAACUCCAAAAGCAUCCAAGGUGAAGGCAGAUAA